CCAUUGGUAACCAAUAGCCGGAUUUUCCCCCAUCUUCCACUGUUUUGGAUUAUCUAUUUUUUUGGACCUGAAUUCCUUGGAUCUUUGUUCUUUCCUCGGAGCAAUUCUCAUCCUUUCGGAUGGUGGAAGACAUUGGCCAUCCAAGCACGUCGUCUUUCCUUCCCGUCUUCAUUAAUUCCAUGUUGUAGGUCAUUGUUGGAGCGGGGCACAAUGCUGGGCGUCCUGCUGGGGGUCCUCUCCGUCUCGGUGGUCCUCGGGGCGCCUCCGCCACCAAUCAACAAGCUGGCCCUCUUCCCAGACAAGAGUGCCUGGUGUGAAGCCAAGAACAUCACCCAGAUUGUGGGGCACAGCGGCUGCGAGGCCAAGUCCAUCCAGAACAGGGCCUGCCUGGGCCAAUGCUUCAGCUACAGCGUCCCCAACACCUUCCCGCAGUCCACCGAGUCACUGGUCCAUUGCGACUCCUGCAUGCCAGCCCAGUCCCUCUGGGAAAUUGUGACGCUGGACUGUCCAUCCAACGAGGAGAUCCCCCGAGUGGACAAGCUGGUGGAGAAGAUCCUCCAUUGCAGCUGCCAGGCCUGUGGCAAGGAGCAGAGCCAAGAAGGGGCCCUCUUCAACGUCUACCUGAAUCCCGAUGACAACCUGCCCGCCGAGAACCCCAAUCCGCACCCGUACGGCGGCCAUCAUCACAACAACCACCACCCUUCAGAGGAGGCCUCCAACCACCACCACCAGCGCCAUCACGACGAGGAGACCACUGACUGACUCUCUGACACUUGCCCUCCAAUCCCGGGGUUUUCUAGGACUUCUGAUCAUACAUUGUUUUGAGAAUUGCGAGACUCUGCAGUCUGCCAUAUCUAACUAGGAAGUAUGAGACUCUUAUUUAUCCCACCUUCAAUUGAGUACCGGCUCUCCAAUCCCUGGGAUUUUUUUUAUAGGAAUUCUGGGACUCCUUGUUUUAGGAUUCUGGGUCAUCUUCCACCAGUUCGAAAAUUACGAGCCACCGCAGUUUGUUUUUGAUGUAUACAACCGGGAAGUACAAAACUCCUAUUUAUCCUAUCUCCUCCACGGAUUGGGUGCUGACUCUCCAAUCCCUAAAGAUUCUGGGACUCCCAAUUUGGAGAUUCUGGGAAUCCUAAUUUGGAGAUUCCGGGACUUCUUCUCUCCCGUUAUUCCGAAAAUUACGAGACCCCGCAGUUUGCUUUAACUGGAUCCAACUGGGAAGUACCAGACUCAUCAUUAAUGAUCCCGUCUUCUCAAUUAAUAGAGUGGCAGCCCUCCAAUCCCAGGGGAUUCUGGGAUGUCUCAUGCUGGGAUAAUGGGAAUUCUUAUCCUCCGCUAUUUCGUAGAUAUGGCGAAAAUCACAUUGCCUUUGCCGCGUCCUACUGGGAAGCCAAGACAACCCUUCAUCCCAUCAUCUCAGUGCUGAACCUCUGAUCCCAAAGGAUUCUGGGACUUCUUCUCUUGGGAGUUUUGGACUUCUUCUCUUAUGCCUAGAUGUCAAACAAGGCAAAAAUUACAGGUGCUUUGUUUUGGAUGCAUCGCCUAGGGAAGCACAAGACUCACUUCUAUUUGUAUCUUCCCAGUUACUAUACUGGGUGAACUGGGGGAGAACUGAAGGGCUUAAGGGAGGGAUAUAUUCCAAAAUGAAGUCUUGACUGAGUCACAUUGGCUGGGGUAGACCUCUCAAAAUCCCAAAGGAUCUGCAAAGCAAACUGAAGAGAGAGAAAUAAAUAAAUAGUAGAGUCCCGCUUAUCCGACAUUCCAUCUCUCUUCUUCUGUAUCCGAGGCCUCUCUGGCCCCGGGGCAUUGCCUUGCCUUAACUCUUUGAGUCCCUGUUGUUAGUAUUCUAGGCGUCUAGCACCAAGUUGGACAGGUAACAGUCGGAGACUCCGUAUUAUCCGACAUUUUCACUUAUCCGACGUUCUGCCAGCCCAGUUUAUGUCGGAUCGGCGAGACUCUACUGUACAUCCACAAAGGAUGGAGCACUUAAUGGCAAUAUCUAUGGGACCCAUCCAGGGAAAUGCGACAGGAUGGAGUUCAAAUAGGUUUUGUAGUUUCUCAAAGGAGGCUUUUCUCUGGUUUUCUGAAUCGAAAAUACCCAUAGAAAUUAUCACUAGUUUGUUUUGAUUUUUCCCCCUCCAGAUUCACAAAAGCUAUUAGUUUCACCUUUGUAGUUAAAUAAAUUAGAUUUUAAACUCUG